GAGGCCGGGUUGCCCUCGAAGCGGGGCGGGGCCGGGCGGGACGAAGCGGGGCGGGGCCGAGCAGGGCGGGGCGGGGGCUUGAGGUGAUUCCCGAGUCGCAGGGCGGCUCCGGCGGUGCGGGGAAACCGAAAGUGGGCGGCGGCCGCGGCAGGGGCAGUGGUGGAGACGGCAGCGGGAGCUGGGCCCUGAGGCGCGGGGACGGGCCGUGGGCCCCUGAAACGAGGCAAAGAUGCUGGAAGGAGAUCUGGUUUCAAAGAUGCUGCGAGCUGUUCUGCAGUCUCAUAAGAAUGGAGUAGCAUUACCCCGGCUCCAAGGAGAGUACAGAUCCUUGACUGGAGACUGGAUCCCCUUCAAACAGCUAGGUUUCCCUACACUAGAAGCCUAUCUGAGAAGUGUGCCAGCAGUGGUCAGGAUAGAGACUAGUAGAUCUGGAGAGAUUACCUGCUAUGCCAUGGCCUGCACAGAAACUGCAAGAAUCGCUCAGCUUGUGGCUCGUCAGAGGAGUUCUAAAAGGAAAACCGGGCGUCAAGUUAAUUGUCAGAUGAGAGUGAAGAAAACCAUGCCAUUUUUUCUAGAAGGAAAGCCGAAAGCAACCCUCAGACAACCAGGAUUUGCUUCAAAUUUUUCUAUUGGCAAAAAACCUAAUCCACCACUAUUAAGAGACAAAGGAAACUCUGCUGGAGUUAAGUCUGAUGCUGAAACGUCUCCUUAUACAUUACACGCAACUCUUGGAAAUGAAGCAUUCAAAGGCAUUCCAAUGCAAAGGCAUGUGACCAUGUCCACCAACAACAGGUUUAGCCCAAAGGUGUUCCUUCAACCACCUUUGCAGAUGCAACUGUCGAGAACCUCUGCUAAGGAAAUGAGUGAUAAUUUAAAUCAGACUGUUGAAAAACCCAAUGUCACGCCUCCUGCCUCUUACACUUAUAAAAUGGAUGAGGUUCAAAACCGCAUAAAGGAAAUACUAAACAAGCAUAAUAAUGGCAUUUGGAUAUCUAAGCUUCCACAUUUUUACAAAGAGUUAUAUAAAGAAGACCUUAAUCAAGGAAUUUUACAACAAUUUGAACACUGGCCUCAUAUUUGCACGGUGGAGAAACCUUGCAGCGGUGGUCAAGAUUUACUUCUUUAUCCAGCUAAGAGAAAGCAGAUUUUGAGAAGUGAACUGGACACUGAGAAAGUACCUCCAUCUCCACUACCUGCUCCCAAACAAACACCACCGUUGAAAGGUGGUCCACCUGUUAUGCCAGGAGACUUUAAAGAAAAAGUGGCAGAGCUGCUGGUGAAAUACACAAGUGGCCUUUGGGCUAGUGCACUCCCAAAAGCAUUUGAGGAAAUGUACAAAGUGAAAUUCCCUGAGGAUGCCUUAAAAAAUCUUGCCUCACUUUCUGAUGUGUGCACCAUAGACUACAUAUCUGGAAAUCCCCAGAAGGCCAUUCUGUAUGCUAAACUUCCAUUGCCCACUGAAAAAAUCCAAAAGGAUGCAGGGCAAACCCUUGGUGAUCAUGAUAUCAAGGCUAUGGUUGAACAAGAGUAUUUGCAGAUAGAAGAAAACAUUGCUGAAAGUGCUAAUACCUUUAUGGAGGACAUAACAGUUCCUCCUUUAAUGAUUCCAACUGAAGCAUCACCAUCUGUAUUGGUGGUUGAACUGAGCAACACAAAUGAAGUGGUUAUCAGAUAUGUGGGCAAGGACUAUUCAGCUGCUCAGGAAUUAAUGGAAGAUGAGAUGAAGGAAUAUUACAGUAAGAAUCCUAAGGUCACACCAGUCCAGGCCGUGCACGUUGGGCAGUUGCUGGCCAUAAAUGCCGAGGAGGAUGCCUGGUUACGGGCACAGGUCAUCUCAACAGAAGAGAACAAAAUAAAGGUAUGCUAUGUUGACUAUGGUUUUAGUGAAAAUGUUGAAAAGAGCAAAGCAUACAAAUUAAAUCCGAAGUUUUGUUCACUCUCAUUUCAAGCUACGAAAUGUAAGCUUGCAGGCUUGGAAGUCCUAAGCGAUGACCCUGAUCUAGUGAAGGUGGUUGAAUCUUUAACUUGUGGAAAGAUCUUUGCAGUGGAAAUACUUGACAAAGCUGAUAUUCCACUUGUUGUUCUGUAUGAUACCUCUGGAGAAGAUGAUAUCAAUAUCAAUGCCUCCUGCUUGAAGGCUAUAUGUGACAAGUCACUAGAGGUUCACCUGCAGGUUGACGCCAUGUACACAAAUGUCAAAGUGACUAAUAUUUGCUCUGAUGGGACACUCUACUGCCAGGUGCCUUGUAAGGGUCUGAACAAGCUCAGUGACCUUCUACAUAAAAUAGAAGACUACUUCCAUUGCAAGCACAUGACCUCCGAGUGCUUUGUUUCAUUACCCUUCUGUGGGAAAAUCUGCCUCUUCCAUUGCAAAGGAAAAUGGUUACGAGUAGAGAUCACAAACGUUCACAGCAGUCGGGCUCUUGAUGUUCAGUUCCUGGACUCUGGCACUGUGACAUCUGUAAAAGUGUCAGAGCUCAGGGAAAUUCCACCUCGGUUUCUACAAGAAAUGAUUGCAAUACCACCUCAGGCCAUUAAGUGCUGUUUAGCGGAUCUUCCACAAUCUAUUGGCAUGUGGACACCAGAUGCUGUGCUUUGGUUAAGAGAUUCUGUUUUGAAUUGCUCAGACUGUAGCAUUAAGGUUACAAAAGUGGAUGAAACCAGAGGGAUUGCACAUGUUUAUUUGUUUACCCCUAAGAACUUCCCUGAUCCUCAUCGCAGUAUUAAUCGCCAGAUUACAAAUGCAGACUUGUGGAAGCAUCAGAAGGAUGUGUUUUUGAGUGCCAUAUCCAGUGGAGUUGGCUCUCCCGACAGCAAAAAUGGCAACAUGCCUGUGUCAGGCAACACUGGAGAGAAUUUCAGAAAGAACCUCACAGAUGUCAUCAAAAAGUCCAUGGUAGACCACACCGGCUCUUUCUCCACGGAGGAACUACCACCUCCUGUCCUCUUGUCAAAGCCAGGGGAACACAUGGAUGUGUAUGUGCCUGUGGCCUGUCACCCAGGCUACUUCAUCAUCCAGCCUUGGCAGGAGAUUCAUAAAUUGGAAGUUCUGAUGGAAGAGAUGAUUCUGUAUUACAGUGUGUCUGAAGAGCGCCACAUAGUGGUGGAAAAAGACCAAGUGUAUGCUGCAAAAGUGGAAAAUAAGUAGGUCCUUGGACAAAGCAUUUUAUUCUACUCCUA